AUGAGCCGAGGCCCGACACCCCGGCACGGCAUCAGCCCCACUGACGGCAUCGUGCUCCUCCCGCAGCCCGACGGCACCAGCGCACCCCUGGAGAUCGUGCUGCUGGCCAAGGUGUCCACUGGCUUCCCUGGUGUGGUCCAGCUGCUGGAGUGGCUUGAGCUCCCCAACGACGUCUUGAUGGUGCUGGAGCGCCCGGAGCGGUGUCAGGACCUGCAGCAUUUCAUUCGGGCCCGGGGUUUCCUGCCCGAGGAGGUGGCGCGGGAGCUGUUCCGCCAGGUGCUGGAGGCCGUGCGGCACUGCACCAGCUGCGGGGUCCUGCACAGGGACAUCAAACCAGAGAACAUCCUGGUU